GGCCGGGGUGUCAUUCUGGAUAUGAGCCCGUAUUCUCAUUAAAUGCAUCAGUUCGCCUGUUUGAAAGGCCUCUCGCGGAAAUUGCUGGGUUUCUCAAGGACUGUUUGGUGAUCCUAGUGAUAUAUUUUUACACGGCCUCUGCACCAUGAACGGGAAAAUCACCCAUGACAACCCGGGUACUCUUCUCUAUGGCAUUGGGAAGUAGAGAUAAAGGGAGCUCGGCAUGUUUAACCCGUCCGCUGCGAUUGACACUGAUUUCGCCUUCACUGGUAGCCUAGUAACAUAUGCUCUCAGGUCUUUCUCUGCCUCUGUGGUGGGUAGUGGAGUGUUUCCCAUGUGGUAUUGGUAUGCUGGAUUUCGCCUGUCAAGAUGCAUGACCUCACAUUUUUCUUCACUAAAUUGGAGCAGCCACUUUUUGUUCCACUCCUGUAGCUUGGUGAUGUCUUCUUGUAGGAAAUCCGUAUCCAAUGGGUUAAUAUGGACCAAGGUGCGAACAACUGGUCACGCUAAGGAGACUAGUCCGCCUGGAUCAAACCUGCGCGUACUUAACGAUCUACUAAUUCAUGUUGAUAUGUUACUGAACGGGUAGGAAGAUGUAGUAUACGUGCCAAAGGGGGAUCUACCUAUCCAUAUCUUAGUACAGGGGGUUGAACACGCUAAUUUGCAUGUUUUCUUUAAGUCAAAUAUCGACGUUUAGUGUCUGCCAUGGUCACUGUGUUUCAAAAUGAGUGGAAUUCUGAUCUAAACUGAACUGAUUGGUAUUUGCAAAUCUGAAUGUCUCGCAGAACAAUUACUAACACUGAUUGGUUUCUUGUUACUAGAUAAGAGGUUUAAAGAAAGACAUUGCCACAUUGCUCUUGUUUUCUUUUGUUUGUCAUUCUACAUGGACGCUGCGACGGUCAAGGAGCUCGGUGUGUGUGUGUGUGUAUGUAUGUGUGUGUGUAUAUGUGUGUGUGUGUGUGUUAGCUGCAGUGUCCCCGUCGCGCCGCUGCGGAACACUGCCCUUCAGACGGUUCCAACCUUCAAGUCACAUACACAUAACCCCCUUGAACGCACGCCAUGGCCUCCACCGGCACAAACAUACUCCAGCCCUUCGAGGUCGAGCACGCCAUUGACAGCCUGGAGUGCGUCAACCUGGAGGAAAUGCUCUCAAACAGGUGGGUGAGCUGCUGCGGCCGUGUGAUUCAGCUGAGCACGCAGGCGGUGUUGGAGGCGAGGAGGGGCGGCCACGAGCACGUCCAGCACACACUCACUCUUCAGCACAAGGAGCUGGAGGUCGUGUGGCACCUGCUGACGGCUGAGACAUGGAGGCUCCAUGUCCUGCCGCUUCUGCUGCGUCAAUGCCAAGAGACAUCUCCUCCCCCUUCUUCCCUCCCCUUCAUUAUGGUGUUGCACUUAGAGGUGGCUGCAUUGGGCCUCUUGGAAAGCCUGGCGUUUAACGAGGAAUCUGCUGCAGCGCUGGAGGGACUCGUCCUUGAUGUGAUUGACUACAGCGUGCGACAGCUGAUCCGCCUUGUCAACCACGGCCACGCCCACCCCAACCAGCCUUUCUACAGCCCUCAGGAGAACCAUCUCUAUGUCUUUGAUUCAAGGGAAGACGAUGAGAAAGGAGACAGUAGCAGCACUAGUACCCAAAAGGAUGAUGAAGGUAAGGAGAAUCAAAAAAGUGACGAACGAGAAGAUGGAAAAGAAAACAUACACCACGAAGUGAGUCAGGAGGAGCGGAGGGCAGGACUGGUGCUGGGAGGGAAGGCAGUGGCUGUACUUCACCUGCUGGCCGGGUGCAGAAAACAUCUCCCUCUCUGUGCCACAACACGAAUGAUGAGCACACACGAUAUACCACAACUCUUAGCCUCCCUGUUAUGUAUGCAGCCCUGGAAGACACAACAGACAGGUGACGUGUACGUGUUUGAAGACAGCGAGUGGCAACGCAGAACUCCCAAAGACCCACCACUGUCACGCACAGAAUGUCAGAUGUGGGCCACACUUCAGACAUUGCUAUUUGAUGCCGACUGUAUCACCAUGUAUGAAAUCAACAGUGCACGGAAAAAUGUGCUCUUAAAAUUAAGUGGCCGUCUCAACGAAGCAGCCUUGGCCCAGAUCCCCUCCUUGGAGCACCUUGCCCGAUGGCUUGCCGCACUCCCUCUGACUCAGCCACAGCAGCCACACCCACCACCCCUCAUCACUACCCUCCCACAGUUGAGUGAUGGAGUGGCAGGCGCCUGGGAUGGUCGCUGGAAAGAACUGUCACAAAGAUUGGCUCCCAGGUUUCUUGCACCAACACCUACCUGCCUGCAAGCACUGGCGUCUAGUAUGGCAGCGGCCUGGGACCUGGAUGCACUAGAGGAGCUGCUGCCGGACACUCCCUCAUGUGCCUCCUGUGGCAGUCCUGCGGGCCAGAGGUGUUCACGAUGCCACAACGAGUGGUACUGCCGCAGAAAGUGUCAGGUUGAAGACUGGCCAAAGCAUAAACAACUGUGUGACCUCUUGGUAAAAAAUAACCCCAAGGCAAAGUCUACUGCUGAUGCUCCUGAAGAAGAUGGAAGUGGAUAAGUAUUGGUACAGUGGAAGCUUCAUUUUCCCAAUGAAAGCUAUAGGAACUAGAUUACAGAUGACUGAACAACCUGCACGACACACCAAGAUUUAUACCCUAUUUUCACAAUAUGGCUAAUUUCUAUACUGCAGCUCACUUUACAGAGUAUAUUUUCCCUGAUAAAAGUGCAAAUUUAAAUGUCAAAUCUGUGAACAUAUCUGAAGCAUCAUCUCUUCAGACUUUCAAAUAUUUUUUUAUCAUUCUCAAGCUGUCACUUGUACCAACACAUACACGGAAUUGGAUUACUCAUAAUGACAGAGUCUGGAUCUUCCUAAUGGGUCCACUUGAUGCUGAUUCUUCAUUAACAAUGCAUCUUUUCUAACUUCUCUUUUUCCCUGCCAGGGCUCGGGUGUUUCAUUCUUUAGUUAGAUUCUAAGUGUAAGUUUAGCCAUCAGUGAUAUUACCAAUAGAAUUAACAAACAAUAUAAAUAGUUUCAUUGUUUAGUUUAUUUAUAAAAGUAGUUUUGCCAUCAGUGAAAUUAAUAUAAUUAAUGAACAAUAUAAAUAGCAGUUUCAAUGUUUAGUUUAAUUCUCAAUGGCAGUGUUGCCAUCAGUGAAAUUGACAAAAGAAUUAAGCAACAGGAGAAAGGAUGAGAAAUGUUCUUUGUUUUGUGUUAUAAUAUUUUGCAUAAUUUGUUAAAAUAACCUGCAAGUACAUAGUUUCAUGAUGAUAACCAACAGAACAUCUCAGUGGAGGUAAUAAAUAAGAUAUUUCAGGUUGAUUUUAAUGUAAACUGACAUACUGGCAGCAGGAUAUCUAUUUAAUAGAUAUAGUACUGCUUUCUUACAAGCUGUAUCAAAUACCUAGAUAUCUAUAUGUCUUGCAACAAUCUUUGGAAUACUGAAGCAUUCACUCGAUAAUUUGACACAUCUCUUCAAAUCCUUAAGCUAAGUAUAUUCAGGAAGCCUUCACAAUGUAAUAAUUGUUUUCAUCACACCCAUUUGGCUUUGGCUUUGGAUAUGGGGGCUGGAGUCAAAUACUUGAACAUCCCAACUUUUCACAAAUUUAACACAUUACAGUUUCAGCAUUACAUGGUCUUUGCUGCCUUACCCUCAGAUAACAUUGACUCAUUACUUUCAUUAACAGUGAAAGUUCCCUGAGGUGGAGGGCAGGGAGUCAAAAUAUAGCUAUCUCCAUUGGGACAAGCAUUCUAAGCAACAGACAUGACAAGGGUCCAUUCCCCAACCCCAGCCUCUGAUAGUCAAGGAGUCAUCUCUUACACCAAGUAGUAAAACACACAUUAAUUUGUAAUCCCCAUGGCUGUGGGAUAAUGAGUGAAUCAUAACCAGUAAUGUCAGUAGGAUUGUGGUCUUUGAGUAUAUAUUUAAUUUCAUGUCAUGAUUAAUUGGAGUCUAGCUCUAGCCAGAGCCAGACACACAUAAGACUGGAGUGCUGAUUUUGUUGCACCUGGCCAUGAACUCAUGAGCUUUAUAUAAAUGUAUACAUACCCCCGUAUUUGUGGGUUCAUUCCUCACAGAUUCAUCCCCAAUUGCACAAAGCAAAAUAAUGUGUGCAAUGCCAUUCCAAACAUCCAGUCUGCAAGUGGAUUUUGUGCCCUAAACUUUAAGAUUCUAAUGACUACAUAGUCAUGUCCUGCCCCAAGUCAUUACCAUAAUUGAUGGCUUAUAAGACGCACUUUUUUUUCCAAAAAACGUCCCAGAAAAUCGCCCUGCAACCCUUUCUUCAUGGCUCUGACUUGCCACAAGGGAAGGUGCUACCAAGUCACAAAGUGGUACAAUAUAGGGGAUCCAUAUUUUUUGUUCUCUACUGUACCAGACCUUUAAGGCAUUGGUAUAUACAUGGGAACACACUGUAUGCUUGUAAACAUUAUAUGCUUACGACCACACAUACAUCAGUAAUUUUUUGAUCUUUCAUUUGAAGAUCAACUGGGCUUCUAAUGCUGUUAUUUUUUACUCAAUAAAUUUAAUGCAUCAAAGCGGUUGAUUAUUUGAGUGUACAUGUGUAAUGUACAAAAUAGAAAAUUUAUAUUUUAUAAAUGCAAAGACCACAAUCUUGUUGUAUUAGACAUCCUGAUUUAGAAAGUGUACUGUAUGUAUAUUAAAACUUGACAAUAA